AUGCCCCACGCAACCGCAACCGUAAACGGCAUCCUAGUAGCCGAGACCGACUCCUACGAAGUCGUCGACGGAAACAUCUACUUCCCACCCGACACCAUUAAGAGCAACCACUUCAGCCCCACUUCAACCAAGACGCACUGCCCUUAUAAGGGGGACGCAAGCUACUACACCGUCACAGCCAACAAGACGGAAGUAAAAGAUGCAGCGUGGUACUACCCGGAGCCAUUGGAAAGCAUGAACAAUAUCAAGGGUUAUGUUGCUUUCUACAAGGGAAAAGCUGAGGUGAAGAGUGAAUAG